UUCACUGGAGUCAUGUCUCCCUCAAAUGCGCCUCUUGGUGGCUUAUAUGUCUGCCUCGUAAUGAGGUUCAGGUGUGGCCGGCCAGCCCGCGUUAAUGGCGUGCAGGUGCUUCUCCUCCGUUUCCAGGGCGACGCUGAUAAGGUCCCGGGACACGCGUCACAAUAUCGAAGGGUUCAUUUCGAAACAAAAUCAAAAAGUUCAAGACCUCGUGGAGAGAUUUGGGAGGCGUUUCGUGGCCUUUGACAACACAAACCCUACAAACCGAGAACAAGUGAGUCGACUCCUGCAGAAAGUGGAUGAGCUUCUGGUCAUGAAUGAGAAUCGUUACUUCACUAAUGAAGUUACAGAGGCAAUGCAGAAAGCCCAGAAGAUAAUAGAAGAGAGAAUGCAAGCAGAAACGGCUGAAAGAACGAGGAAAAUAAAGGAGGAGGUCAAGAAAAUGGCUGAUGUUCGUUGGCGUGCGUUCAUUUCUGACAUGAAUGAAGAGACGCAAGACACUGAACGAAGAAGGAAACGCAUUCAACGCAGGAUUGAUCAGAUUGAGACGGAUAUAAAGAAGGAAGAUCACAACGUGCGACCGAUUCCAGAAAGAGUACAGCGGUUCAGAGCGUCUCUGCAGAAGGAGCUGGAGAACAUGGGACGACUGGACGAAAGACGGAUGGAGGAGAGGGAGGAGAUAAAGGAAAGAAAAAAGAAAGAACAGAAUGACCUGGACAUCUGGAUGCAAGAAGAGGAGCAGAGGAGACUGAGCGAAGGAGGACAGGACAAUCCAUUUUUUUCUGAUUACUAUGUUAAUAUGCUGACUAAACUUUCUAUGUUUUUGCUAGGAAUUGGGGUGUCACAUGCACCCGCACUCUUACUGUUUCUGUUCCCUGCAGCUCCAGCGGUGGAAGCCGGAUUGUCAGUGAAGUUUUUGGCCAGUUUGCUUGGCUUUGGAGCUGCAGAAAGCGGGAGUUUUUGUGGUACGGCUGCUGGAGUUGCAAUGAAAGCUGCAUCUGUAAAGUUGGCAACAAUGGCAAAAUGCUGCAUUCAGUAAAGCGAGUGCUCUCUUCAUCAGCAUCUUUUUCUCAUUCAUUUCCUCCGAGGAAUUUUUUUAAGAAGAGUGAAACAACCCUUCUUUCCAUGAAGCAUUGCAAAUGACUGAAUCACAGAAGACUGUAUAUGCCACAGUGUGAGAACUGACCACAAAGAGGCGCUAAACUACACGAAUCCACAUUUGUGCUUUUGGAACCAAAUGGACUUGAAUCUAAAACAGAAAUCUUUUCUAAAUCUAAAAACUUUUCCUCUCAAUCCUUGCGAUUGCCUGAAUAGGAAAAAGUUGGAAAAGUCUGAAAAAGUCUCUCCAUUUUGGCUUUCUUUUAAUAGUAGCAACUGUUGCCUGUUCUAUUUUUCAAAAUCAUCAAAAGAAUGUAAAAAUGUAACAGUUUAGCAGGUUGUUAGUUGAUUUGUAGUUAGUACAUUUACUGAAUUGUAUGCACUAAAAUGGUUUAUCUAGCCUAAAUAAAGGCAUAUUGUCUCUGGACUUUAUUGUGAAAUGUAGCAUAUUAUAUUACACUGUAUAAAAUAGGCUAAUUAGAAAGUACAUUAUGAAGUAUGUGUUUUCCAGGCUCUUGUUUGUUUUGUUUUGUUUUUUUAGGCCUAUCAUAUGUGUAAACAAUGGAGUGUAAAUGACUGUGAAAUGGACUAUAAAUGUUUGUUUUCUCAUUUUUAGAGGCUAGGUUUGCUUGUGUUUAUUGCAUAAUCAGUUUAGAGCUGAACAAAAACGUGACUUUAUAAAAAUGUAAACAAAAAAAAUGCAACAACGGAACCGGAAGAAAACAAGCGCUGCUUCAGCUUCAGACUGCUGAUCUGUGAAUGAGGAAGAUGGAAGAUUUAAUAUCAAUAAACUGCAUUAAACUUCUGAUCACCGCUUUAUUGUACACAUCAAGACUGAGACGAUUCAGAGCUUCUCUGCAGAAGGAGCUGGAGAACAUGAGAAAAGUAAAGAAAAAAGAGAUCGAAGAGGAGGCGGAAAGAAAAGAAAGAAGAGAAAGAAAAGAAGAACCUGAAAAUCUGGGCUCAAGAAGAGA